ACCGAUUGCCUGGAGAUGUUCAUGAUAUGAUGACAACUUCACAGAUUUAUGCUAAUCCCGAACUUCAGCUAGCUGUGUUACAAAUUCGAGCCCCUCCCUUCACCGGUUCCAAACGAAAGCAUGUCAAGGAGCUUGUGACCUUCCUGAAAUCUAUGAAGUUUAAAACUGUGGUUUUACUUUCAAGUAGCUUUGCGACUAUUCUUAAAGAUGAGGAGCUAAACUCAGCACCACUGCAGUAUGCUUUGUCGUCGUCAUUCUGCGCUUCUGAUCGUAAACGCUUUGAUGAACUGGAUUGGUAUCCCCUUAAGACGUACAGUGACCACCUAGACUGUCAAUUAUCUGUUGUUUAUUAUUUACCUGGGUGUGGAAUUGCAAGUUAUUUAUUUGAAGAAUUACUCAAACAUGAAGAGAUAUCUGCUUGUCUGUUAAAUCUUUUCACAUCUGAAGGCGAUAACAGUGGCGAUGCACUUUAUGUUGUGCAGCAUUUGAAUAAGUGGUUACAAUUCAAAGCACAACACGGAGUUAAAGACACAAGUUUCCAAUGGUCUCUCCCCCCUUCUUGGAGCUAUUUGUUUGGAACUGAUCCUGUUGAUGAAUUGUAUUAGACUUUUAUUAAAUAUUUACAAAAGAUUAGUUUUCUAGCAUUUCAGGUUUUCUGACGAAUGAAACUUUUCGCUAAGAAUUUUUAUGAAUUCAUGAGUUCGUAGAUUUAAGUUGUUCAUCAAAUGAAAAAGCUAAGCAAUGACGGUAAAUAUGCUAAGAAUUCGGAUCUAUAAUUUCGAAGUUCAGAAUUAUUAUGAAGGCCUAAUUUCAUUCACUAACACUCAGUAUACAGGUUUAUUUGUAUUUAGUAACAAGUACAACUUGUGUGUGACUUUUAUAAUCAGUUUUACCUUCUCAAUUACUUAGAAAAUUUAUUGUACAUAACCCUAGUUUUCCUGCAGCAGGAUAAUUCGGAAAACAUGGUGAUAUUGUUGUUUAAUUUUGUGACGUCCAUAGAUUAUAGGCAUCAACGAGUGACGUGUUUGUUUGAAUAACCAGAGAGAAGUCUGUUUAGCGGUUCCACUAAUUUAAGCAUUCUUGAAUCAGAGUAUCAUUAUCUAUCAAGUAAAUAUAUGUUGAAAAUUCCCAUUUUGCCAUUUGGUUAAUAAAGAAGAAACGAAUUGAGCGAAAUUUCUUUUUAAUUAGCUUUUCAUCAUGGCUCUACACUAAUAUAUAUAUGAUUUACAAUAAUGAUAUAAUACUCAUCGAGUGGAUACGUCAUGUAAUAAUUACAUAAUGACAUUAAAAUUAACAUUGAGUAAUUGGGAGAAAGAGGAUUAUUAAUAUUCAAAGUAAUUAUUAAAUCAAGAAGUUGCUACGUUUCGUAAUAUAUGAAAAGAGAAGGAACAGAAUUUUAUAAUGGAUGGUCAAUAGAAUAGUAGUUACGUAAGAAUCAAAAGAUGAAUGUUGAGGAAAUAUAAAGUUCGAAAAUAACAAAAACAAAAUUUUCCAGUUUUUCAAAGGAAAUAUCCGCUUAAAAGCACAAUUAGCCAUUGACCAAUUUAUUAUCGCUAUAUAGACGAUACUUUCAUGGUAUUAGAAAAAGAACAUGAUAAGGACAAUCUACUUAAUAUAUUUAAUAACGUUCAUCGAUCAUUUAAUUUUACAUCAGAAGAUGAACAGAACAAUAGCAUAUCAUGUUCAACUAACUGGAAGAGCAGACGGAACUUUAAGAUGAGGUUUAUACAGAAAGUCUGCAACAGGACAGUACACUCAUUUCUACAGUGCAGUUCCAAUCAGAUACAAAAGGAACUUAAUAAAGAUCAUGACUCAUCGUGCCAGAAUUAUUUGCUCGGAAGACACCAUUGAAGAUGAAUUGGUUAAUAUUCGAAACUUACUUAGUACGAAUGGGUACCCUAGGAAAUCCAUCGACAAACACAUGAUGGAGAUGAAAACAAGAACAAAGAUACCUACCGUCCCUAAGAAAGUACUGUUCAUAAAUGACACCACUAAAGAAAUCGUGACUCAGAAACUAAGAAGAGCUGUACAAAAAACACUUAAUGCAGCCAGAUUAAAUGUUAUCUUCUACAACCACCUCAAAAUAAGAACGGCCAAUAAAGACAGACUGCCUGAAUUCGCCAACUCCAUGUGCAUCUAUCGGUCCAACUGCUCCUAUGGAGCCAGUUAUAUAGGGCGUACAAUUCGGCAAGUUCGUUAUCGUAUUACAGAACGUCAUCCGCCGUGAUUAAACAAAUGACAGGUAAAAGUGAUUCUCCCUCACUUGGUCGACACGGGUCAUCAAGUUGAAUUGAAUAGAGCUUUUAAGGUUAACUACAAUAUCCCAUCAAAUUUGCUGCAUGGUUUACGAGUGCACCUUUCGCAUAUUGCGGAAGCCAUCGCAAUCCAUGUUCACGAACCUGACCUUUGCAUUCAAAAGAGAUUUGUACAACCAAUUUUGUUGCCUUGGCCAUCGGUAUAAGAUUUCCUUCAGCAGAACUAUUUUUCAUAAAUCUUCCACUCGUUUUUUCUCUUUAAAAUUUGUUUUUGUUACUUUUGAACUUUAUAUUUCCUCAACAUUCAUCUUUUGAUUCUUACGUAACUACUAUUCUAUUGACCAUCCAUUAUAAAAUUCUGUUCCUUCUCUUUUCAUAUAUUACGAAACGUAGCAACUUCUUGAUUUAAUAAUUACUUUGAAUAUUAAUAAUCCUCUUUCUCCCAAUUACUCAAUGUUAAUUUUAAUGUCAUUAUGUAAUUAUUACAUGACGUAUCCACUCGAUGAGUAUUAUAUCAUUAUUGUAAAUCAUAUAUAUAUUAGUGUAGAGCCAUGAUGAAAAGCUAAUUAAAAAGAAAUUUCGCUCAAUUCGUUCCUUCUUUGAGUACAUGUUUUCGUACUAUUUUUUACUCAAAAUUAUCGCUAUAAAUGAUCACUUAGAAUUAUAUGAUUGUAUACAGUCUAAACUUACUUAAUCAUUAAACACGAAUAUUGACCCAAGUGGGCACCAAAAUAAAUGUGCAACACAAAUGAAAGAAUGAAUUUAUGAAGGAAGUAUGGUCAAAUAAAUUGAAGGAAACUAGAAUUAUAUUUUAAAUCAUCAGCAGAGAAGGGUUGAUAAGUUCGUUAAGUUUAACAAUACUAUCUAUAUUGAAAGUCAAAUGCUUUCUACAGUCUCGUUAGAUAGCUCCACGUUAUCCAGUUGUAUCACCAUUUACUAUACGGAUCGUUGGAUUGAAAUUAGAACAUGCGUGCAUCUCCCAGUAGAUCCAAAAUUUGAACUCAGGUUUUACCAGCCGAUCAGUGUGAGCAGGCUUCACAGAUUGAUUGGCUUAGCUUUUGCAUACACCUGUAUAUUAAUGGGUUACAUUAUACGACUAACUGAAAUAAAUUCAAUAAAUAAAGUUUGUUACAAGAAAGUUUAGUAUUUAACCGUUAUUGAUUAAUAACCGGAUCAAAUUAUCCAAGUGUAAAUGCAAUUGGUACAAUCACAGAAUAUUUAAUAAACGAUGUUUACAAGACAACAUUAUCCCUAAAUCUCUUGUUAUAAAACCUCCAGAACGGUCCUGGAGAUCUAUCCAGACUUCGCAACACGCGUCUCGAAUAUUCUUACGAGAACGCAUUCACAAAUGCACACAUUUACUAGAAAAAUAUCGUGAACGAAUCAAAAACCUUGAUGAUUUAAUGAAGCUUUUAAUCCCGACCGAAUUACAAACCACGAUAUCCAACCUGUUUAUAGAAAGAGAACGCCACUAUUUAAAUUCAUCGAAACACCGACAAAUUAAAAAACUCGAAAACAUCAGAGAAAAGAAGAAAGAUAAGAAAACAUCAACAAUAAAAUACAAUUCGAAUGAUCUAAGAAGAACUGUUCAUAAUCCCUCUAACAGAAACUUAAACAGUCACGAAAUCACUCUACUAGAGAAGGGAUUAAAUUUCAAUUUACACAGAAAACCACUUAGCUCUCUUGAAAUUGCUCCAAUUAUAGAACCAAUGAUCGCACAACUACCUGAAAAAGAGUCGCAUUUACUACGUCAAAAGACAUCCCAUAUUCUGACUAAACAAAAACACAUUACACCAAACAUUUCAAAAGAAGAAUUGAAGGCUCUGCAUUCACUUAAAAAAGACAAAAUGAUUAUCAUCACAAAAGCCGAAAAAGACAACACAACAGUAAUCAUGAAUAAAAGAUUAUAUUAAUAAAGCUCUUGAACAUCUCUCAACAGGACCUUAUGAAAAGAUCAAUCCAAAAACUUCUCUAACAAUUAAGAAUAAAGUCAAAUUAGAAACAAAUCAACUUCUGAACGAGCUAAAACCAGUCAUUGGGGUCUCGCUUUGGUUUGCAUUGCAUCCCAAAUCAUGUAAUGUCUCACGGUUUUAUGGCUUACCAAAAAUUCAUAAACCAGAUAUUCCUCUAGGACCGAUAGUAGACUUCACAAACACCCCAACAUAUGCAUUAUCAAAAUAUUUAAGCAUUAUAUUAAAACCACUACAACUCAACUUACAUAAUAUAAUUAAAGACACAUAUGACUUUAAAUCAAAAUUAUCCGGAUUAAUCAUCGAGAAGAAUGAAAUCAUGGUAAGCUUUGAUGUCGUUUCUUUAUACACAAGUGUUCCCAUUGAUAAAUGCUUAGAAUUCAUUAGUGGUUUACUUGAGAACGACAAUAUUCUUCCUGACAGAUGUCCGUUGUAUACAUCAGUUUUAGUCGGUCAAGUGAAUUACGAAUUAAGACUCUAUGAUUAUGCAAACGAAUUGUACACUAGCACAUCGCGACAGAACUUUCCAGGCAGAUCCCAAAGUAGUAACAGUAUCAGUGGUAGUAGGAAACAUGUAGAAAAAAGGGAAACAGUGUGAUUUUGGAACUCAAAAUAUGAAAAAAGACAGGGAAUGCUUCUGUAACAAUGUGAUCGAUUAUGAGCCUUGUCAUUUAACGUCUCCAAGCACGUUACGAUGGUCGUGUGGACCACAAUUACGUGUUCUGCCCCCACUCACAUGGCUUAGUCCAAUUUUCAACGACUUUAUAGUGUUGUCAUCCGGGAAUACUAACUGAUAUCACGUGUUGUAUUGUUCAGUCAGAAUUUGGACUAUGGUUUUAUCGAUCUAGCUUCUACUAUUCCAUUUAUAGCUUACUAUCCUAUACUCGACCAACUGGACUUUUGACCUGCACUGUUAACUUUGAGCCGACGUAAGAUAAACUCACAUUCUUCCGCUAUACUCAAGUUUUUCUGUUUUUCUAGUCUUUAUUCCUAGAGAAAGGUUAGCAGCCAGUUUCUAUUAUUAUCAGUUUAUUCAUGACUCAAAAAUAAUGGAAUGAUGUGGAGUAAAAUCUUGACGACAUAUCAACAUUAUUAAGAAAUUACAAUAUCGGUACGACUAUCCCGUUGGUGGAGGACAAGUGAGCAAUAGGUUUGUAAUAAAUUAACAGUAAAUUAGGAGUUACAAUAUAUAAUAACGAUUUAUGCAUCGUGAAAAAGGUUACAAGCAAGAGAAUACAAUCAUUUGGGCAUUUAACAAACAAAAAAAUCUAAAACAGUUUCGAAAGUUUAACUUUUCCAGUACUCGCUCGGUUAUAACAUAGAUUUGUGCAGCAUUUAUGUUUGGCCAUCCCUAAACUUCUUCCAGUUUGCCCCUACACCUGUUGAGCUGAAAGUGGCUGGCCAUACAUAAUGCACAUACCAACCAUCUGUCGAGAAAAAUUCACUGCCACAUCAGUCGGUUCACUACCAUAUAUCUAACCUGAACAUUACUCAGUCGUUUCAACAUAUAUGAGCGGUACUUUGAAGCAACCUAUGAAUGAAUAAUAGUGUCCUAUGAAUAUCAGUCAGCUACAACGUAGGACCAGGCACAUAUAUAAAUCGGUUCAAGUUGCCACACCUCAUUAGCGCAACAAGAUGAUCAUCGAAUUCAUAGUAGUUAUUUCAAUGAUAGUAAUAUAUAAAAGAUUGUGUAUAAGGACAUAAUCAGUCAGUCAGCAAAACUUCGUACGUACGUACAUCAGCUCAAGUUGCCAUACCACAUUAGCACAGAGAUACAAUUGUCGAUUCAAAUCCCAUAGUGGUAGAAGUAGUAAGAGUAUGAGUAGUAAUCGGAAAGACUAAGGUUUGAAGAUGUUAUUCAAAGAGUAUAAUCCAGUGAAGUAAAUUUGAGAAGAGAAAAAGGAUAUGAAGACAAAGGUAAAAAGCAAUUUCAGUCUCCCGAUUUAAGGGAAAACAAAAAGUGUAUACACUUACACCAUCGUGAUCGGUUCUGAGCCAUGUCACAUAGUCUCCAACCAUUGGUUACGAUAGGAGCUUACGAGUAUCUUCUACUUUUAAUGGCCACGUUUAGCAGCCGUAAAUUAGAACAGAACGAACUGCUGCGCAAUAUACUUGUCCCUUAAUUGAUAGACGAAUAUCUCUCUUUCGCUAUAGGUGACGUAAUUAAGCAAAAGCCGAAUGAGCUUUUUGAAUCCGAGCAGAAAUUUCGUCAGCACAUUAGGGCUGACCAGAGUCCCAAGAUAAGUGAAGUUGUCAAUGCGUUCGACUACUUCAUUCCCUAUCCUUAGUUCAGGUGUUGACGCAGACCAGUCCUGCAGUAACAACUUGAAUUUAAAGGGUGAGAAGCGCAACCCAAACAUCUUGGUAUUGUUGCUCAAUGUCGUCUAUUCUUGGUGGAUAUCUUUCACAACCAUUAAGUAGAACAUAACGAACUGUCGAGCAGUAAAUUCAUAGUUGACUUGGCAGAUGGACAUCCCGUCCACACCACAAGUGGUAGGUUGAGAAACGCAUUUGCGAUAUUGUCAGAUGCCGACUAAUCAGAGCUUAUGUGACUUUCAAAGUAAGUAAAGUGGUCGACACACUCAACUACUUCACUCACCAUCAUUAGUUCAGGCGCUGAUGCAUACCAGACUCGGAGCAACUUUUGCAUUUGUGAUACAGUUUAGCCGAGUGAUAGCUACUCACAAGAUUGAACUGAUGAUGUAUCCGUCCCCGAUUAAAGUGAUAUCAAAAGACGAGAGUAAUCCGGUAGAAUAGCUUCUUUAAAAACAUGCUCGUAUACACAAUGUUAACAGGAUAAUAAUCACGCACAAAUGUAUUACGCGAUUAAAGAUAGUCCGUUUUAGAGGUCUCUCACACUCCAAUCAACUACGGCGGGGGUGUUGUCUACGCAAUUGAGAGGAUGAAGGGUCCACCUAGGAGAAGUAGAAAACCCUGAUUCCGAACCAAUAGUGCACAUGGGCUCCAGGAUUCUGAAUGAACAAAUGGCAUAUGAGCCUAUUGUUGGUCAUCGGCAACUAUGGGAUUGUAUCUCCCAACGUUACCCCGCUGCCUUGUGGACUAGACAUCCAGGUCAAGGGCUCGGGGAGUGGCUCUAAGAAAACCACCUGCUUCGGUUUUGGCAUCCGAGCAGUAUCACAGCACUCACACAAAUCGAAUGAUUUCUGUGGUACAUAUACAUUUGGUGCCUUCUUGUACCAAUGUUCAUGUGUUUAAAUAAAUCAAUAAAAUAAAUAGCUAUACUGAUCAUUAUGUUCAUAGCAAACCUCUUUAAUCCCGUAUGAAUUAAUAAGUUGGAUAUCACGCAAUUCACUACCGUUAUUCGUAGUUUGAGUAAAUAAAAUAGUUCUAGACUUUCGGACUAGUUUAUUGACCAAGAACUACCAUUUAAGAAGUGAUUCGUACUGAGUCAUUUGGGUGAAAGGAUUAUUGUUUAAGGAAAUCGUUAAAAGCAAAUAUGGGAAUUCAUUAAUUAUUCUUUGGUUAAUUAGUUUCUAGUUUUGCUAGUAACUAUUUACUGAAGUUAUUUUAUAGUACAGACUACCAAAAAAUCGUAUACUGAGAUAAAACAGCCGUUUAAUGAUUUCGGGUUUUCAGUGUUAUUAACUACUACUGGUCCGUGAUAUAAUUUUGAAAAACGUAACAAUCUAGACAAGAUAUCUUAUACUAAUAACUCCUUAUUCAUCAGCAGCUUUUUGUUGGUAGGUAGUUACUAAGAUCACCAUCCAGCUCAGAGAACAAAACUCCAUCAAGAUCACCUAAAGCUAGUCACUGAAAGACAGUCGUAAACAUUUUAGUAGAGAUGCAAUCGUCAAGACAGUUGAAUAUCAUCACUAGUGUGCAACGCGAAUAGGGUAUAUUAUUAGCUAAGGUAUUCAAGGACAUCACGGUGUAUGUGGAACAAAUAAAUAGGACAAGGAUACAGAACAGAAAAUCGUUGAGAUAUACGUGAGAAGUCCAAGUGUUUGAACUUGAUUUAAAAAAACAAGCUAAAGGGAAUUACAUGCACUAUUUAGGAAAUUAUCUGCUAGGUCUUAAAAAAAUUUGGAGUGGUCCGAAAACAAGAAUAAUGAGUUCUCACAAACGAAACAAACAAACAUAUGGCAACGAUAUAUUCUUACGACUUGAGCACUAACUGAUGGCCUGGUCUUAAACACCAACAGUUUUUCUUAGCGCAGUACGUUCUCUGACAUCCAAUGAUUUUUCAGGGUUAAACAUUACAAUGACCUAGAAACGACAAAUUGAGUUUUAGAGAAAUCAUGCUAAAUACCGGUUGGAUGAAAGUUAGCUUAUAUAAAUGAGCAGAACUGCCCACUUAUUAUGAAGGAAAAGCUCGUUAAAAUGCGUAAUCUUCCAGAGGGUUAUGUUUUCGGGAUGGGGAACCCACUGUUAGAUAUAUUGGUAGAUGCUGAUGAUUAUAUGUAUGAAAGAUACGAACUACAAAAAGACAACGCCAUACUGGCUGAGGAAAAACAUAUGGAGAUUUACGAAGAAAUUCAGAAAAGAAAAGAUGCGAAAUAUGUUGCCGGAGGAGCCACAUUGAACACAGUCAAAAUGAUCCAGUGGAUACUUCAAAAACCAUUUGUGUGUUCGUACGUCGGAUGCAUAGGUUCUGAUCUACCAGGGAAAUAUAUUAAGAAUGAUUGUCGGGGAUUGGAUGUACUGACAGAUUUCCAGAUCACAACGAAACCGUUGAAAACCGGAAAAGUAGCAAUCCUUAUAAGUGAAAAUCUACGUAGCAUGGUCACCUAUUUGGGAGCAGCGUGUGAUCUUUCAUUGGCCCACAUUGAACAACCACAUGUUUGGAGUCUUGUGGAAAAAGCACAAGUGUAUUAUAUCGCAGGUUUCGUAAUAAAUACCUGUUAUGAAGGUAUGCUGAAAGUAGCCAAACAUUCUUUGGAGAACGGAAAGUUGUUCUGUUUCAAUCUCAGUGCUGCUUUCCUACCUCAGUUUAACACUAAAGAAGUAAAUGAAAUGAUAUCCUACUCAGGAGUGGUAAUUGGGAAUGAGUCUGAAGCCGCGGCGUUUGGAGAUGCUCACAGUCUUACUGAUAAAACCAUUCAUGCAGCAGCCAGGUAUAUAGCUGACUUACCAUUUGUUGAUGGAAAAAAGCGUAAACGAUUGGUCAUUGUAACACAAGGGAAAGAUCCCAUAAUAUAUACGGAUUCUACUGACCCUACCGUUCAUCAAUAUGUUGUAGAGCAGUUGAAAGACGAAGAAAUGGUAGAUACAAAUGGAGCUGGUGAUUCCUUUGCCGCCGGAUUUAUUGCAGAUUAUAUACGUGGUAAGCCAAUGAUCACGUCGCUGCAGUCCGGUGUGAGAGCUGCAGCUUAUAUUAUACGUAGAUCUGGCUUUUCCUUAGGUUCGAGAGAGUCUAGUGCGUUCAAAAUAAAUUUAUAAAACAGAACCAAACUUACCUUAAUUAUCUCUAGUCCCAUAUUAAAUAAGCAUGGAACUCCUGGUAAAAUGAAGAUAUUUUUCACUUUGACAAUAGGAUAAGAGCUUUCACUAUCCAUCUGGAUUCCCAUUGCAUAUAGUAAUUCAGAUGACUCCGGUAUUUUGGCAAGUUUGGUUAUGGGGUCUGAAGAGGAAAUCAUAUUCGGUUCUGAUAGUCUCCUGAGGGUUUGUAAGAACUUUGGAUGAAUGAUAAUCUUUUCAUUUAGUGCCUUUGCAACACCUUCAUAUGUCACAUCAUCGUGAGUAGAACCUAUACCCCCCGAUGUUAUUACGUAGUCGUAACGGUUCAUAUAGUUGCGAACUUCCUCUGCGAUAGCAUCUGAGUCAUCGGGAAUAACAGAAAUCUACAUUAGGGUGUUAUCUGUGCACUUAAGUUACCUUCCGAAGUCGUACACCAAAAAGCGGGGCAGUGAGGCAUACUUGUCGUGAAUUGGAAUCUUUCGCUUUUCCAUUCAGUAUUUCGUCACCGAUAACUGAAAGUAGUUGUGGUUAAGGGAGAUCUGUGAAUAAACUAAUCACUUGCAACAAAUAUUUUCUAGGUGUGACAAAGUCUCAAGUCCGGUGGCAGACACUAUCUAAGAAGAAUGUACAGUUUCUUGAUGUGGGUUCGUGUAGCUCGUGAAAUAUGUGUCAUCGGGAUAAUGCGUGCCUAGCGUUCCAUAGUUAGAGCGAAUCUGUGUACAUAACAAUGGGAAACCUUAAGUUUCACGAGAUAUGAACCUGUGUCGAUCAAUAUACUGUAGGAACACGCUAGUUCGACUAUUGGGAGGAUUGUAUAUCUGAGUAGCUAGGUACAUUUUGAGGACAUGUGGUAAGUUUCGGAUUUCCGAAGUCAAAUCGAGCAUGCUAAAAUAUUUGGUCACUGAUGUAACUAUAUUAGGAAACUAGGUAGUCAAUAGGAGAAACAGCUCUAAACAGUGCAAUAGCUCGGCAUAUAAUUCAUACCGAGCAUACUACCAAUAUUCCACAAUCCUUUCAAAUCGUUAGCAGAAAAAAACACGUAGGGUCUCUCCGGUUUUCCGAAGCACCAACAAUAAAAAAAUUAAAACCUGACUUGUUUAUCCACAAUGAGAUAAUAAUCAACUUAUUUCUACCAUGGUAAAAUAUUUCUUUUAUGAUCAUCAUUUUAUUAGCGUUUAUUUUGUUAUGUGGUCUUCGCUAAACUAACUCUUAUUUUAUGUAAACUAAAAUUAUCCGUUUAUUCGUGUGGUCUUUAUUCACUUAAUGCUCCUGUGUAAACUUCAAAUCCUGUUCAAUUAUUACAUAAUCUGCCUUAUUAACUUCUAAUUCCUGUAAUUAUAUUUAAACCCUUCAACACCUGAAAUUAUCGCAGUCUUAUCUGUCUCCGGACCUCAUUUAAUUACUGCUCAUUCCCUCCCCGAAUGAUUUUGAAUUCCAUCUUCCAAUGAACUCACACCUGUCAUUGUACAGACAUAUAUAUAGUAUUGGCAAUACUUGUCAUUUUAAUUCUUUCCGUCAUCAAAGUCUAAUGUUUCCCAUUAUAUCAUACCUUAAUGCCAACUUUUACUACAUAUAUGGUUGUAAGCAGCUGAUGCUAAACCACAAAAUAUAAUGAAUUCAUAUUCUGCCUCAAUCGUUGUUUUAGCUUUAUUCAAACUAGUGAAGAACAUUAGGGCUGGUAAGCGGAAAUAUGUAGGAGACCUGAGAACGACAGCAGGAAAGUUUGCAAAAGAAGGAAUUAUAUAAGAACUACAUGAUACUAUUAAAAAGCCAGUGGAGAAAGAAAAGCAGUACACAGACCUCCCUACAGAUAUUGCUUCACCAACAGCAAGAGAUAUUAGCAAGGCAACCAUAUAAACCAGUAAUGCCAAAGUACCAUAACCAGAGAGCAUACCAGGUGAAACCACUAAGGAGUACCUGAGAUAGUCACCGCCAUACGGAACUCCUAUGAGCCUUCAUUGGAAAGUCGUGUAUGGAGGACAGCUCACUGACGCAUUCUCAGUGUACACUUGUUUUAGACAAGACUGCCUACUCUCACCUGUUCUCUUUGUGCUAGUUGCUGACUAGAAUAUGAAGACCUCCACAGUUCAUGAUAAGCACGGAAUACAAUGAGGACUGAAGGCGUAGCUGAGUGAUUUUAAUUCUGCAGAUGAAUCGGUCUUCCUGUCCUAUACACGGCGGUAAACAAGAACGAAUACAGCUAGUGUAGAAGAUUUCGCAGAAAUAAGCCUCAAUAUUAACAAGGAAAGAAUCACAAACCUAAAGUAUGACACAGAGUAGCAUGUUAGCUCAACCUAUGUCGGUUUUCUUGACGAAGUGGGGAUUAUUGUCUCUGUGUAGUAGUGCUACUGAGUAGCAAUUGGAAAGGAAAUCUCGAGACAAAGUCCCUUGGAGGUUCACAGCUAGCGACGUAUGUAGGCAAAUACCUCUUGAGAUGAAUAACAGGGUUACGCUAUAAGUAGAAAAAACCACUGGAGUGAGGAGGAACGUUACGACACUACUAUUUAGGACCAUGUUAGCGCUAAUCUGUUGUCUGCAUUAUGCUCAGUGGGUGAGACUGUAAUUUGUGAACAGCCUGUGAGCGAUGUUAAAAUGAUCUUGGGGAAACUCGGUCACUUGCUAAGGUCACACGAGGGUUAUACAUUAGUGGCGAAACAUGACUGCGAUCUCCAGCUAGAUAGGUUUAUUGCUCAAAUAUAAGGUUAUUAUUACGAAAUGACAUCAGCAAUAAUGCCAAAAUUAUAUAUAAGCAAACAGAUAAGUGAAAUUCGUGCAACAAUCCAACGACCAACUCAAAUCUCGUAAGUCAUAGUUCCACUGUGCAACACUAAGCGGAUAGAGUCGCUUUCAGUUACUGAAAAGGUUAGAACAUCUUUGGACCGUACAAUUAGAUACCUAUGAGACCGAGGGAUUUGGGAGAUAUCAUUUUUAGCGCGCAAGACAUAGUAGUCACACACCGCG